AUGCCUGGUAUCGACCCGAACAUCAUAUGUCACCGACUCCACGUUAACCAUGCCUGCAAACCAGUGGCGCAGAAGAGACGCAACUUUGCACCCGAGCGGGUCGCCAUCAUCGAAGCCGAGAUUGAUAAACUCCUAGCCGCCAGCUACAUUGAAGAGGUCUCCUACUCGGAGUGGCUCGCUAAUGUUGUUCUAGUGGCAAAACAAGAGAAGGGAAAGUGGAGAGUCUGCGUCGAUUACACCGACCUCAACAAAGCAUGCCCAAAAGACAACUUUCCAUUGCCCAGAAUCGACCAACUAGUGGAUUCCACUUCUGGCAAUCAGCUACUCAACGUCAUGGAAGCCUACUCCGGCUACAACCAAAUCUUGAUGCACGAGGAUGAUAAGGUGAAAAUUUCUUUCAUCAUCGAGAGAGGGACCUACUGCUACAAGGUCAUGCCUUUUGGGCUAAAGAACGCCGGAGCAACCUACCAAAGACUGGUGAACAAAAUCUUCAAGGAGCAGAUCGGCAAAACUACGGAGGUGUACGUGGACGAGAUGUUGGUCAAGGCCCCAAAACAUGCAGAUCACCUCAAAAACCUCGUUGAGGCAUUCAGCCUGCUCCGCCAGUAUCGCAUGAAGUUGAACCCAAGUAAAUGCACAUUUGGUGUAUCCUCCGGCCGAUUCUUGGGAUACUUAGUCACACAACGAGGUAUCGAGGCACACCCACGUCAGAUCAAAGCUAUUCUCGAGAUGAAGUCGCCUUCCACAACGAAGGAAAUACAAAGUCUGACGGGCAGAGCAGCGACCCUCAAACCGGUUCCUCUCAAGAUCAACCGACAAGUGCAAAUCAUUCUUCAAACUGUCAGCUCAGCUCUCAUCAGAGAAGAGCUGGGGGCUCAACAUCCGGUAUUCUACACGUCAAAAGCUCUCCUCGAUCCAGAGACUCGUUACCCAAAAUUGGAGAAACUCAUUUUGGCUCUUGUAGUUUCCGCGAGAAAGCUACGACCCUACUACCAAGCUCAUCGAGUUAUCGUCAUGACCGACUUUCCUUUGAGAUCAAUCCUUCAUAGCCCUGAUGCUUCUCAGCGACUCAUGAAGUGGGCUAUAGAGCUAAGCCAAUAUGACCUCCUCUACCGGCCAAAAGCUGCAAUAAAAGCCCAGGCUUUAGCUGACUUUGUAGCGGAGUUCACCCCAUCGGCCGAAGAAGAGAAAAUGGUCAACGAAAAGAAGGAAAGUUCAAAAGCAGACGGGACCUCCACUGAACCUAGCCAACCUAGAGACACGUGGCAGUUGCGAGUAGACGGAGCGUCAAACCAAAAAGGAGCUGGAGCGGGUGUCGUCAUCAUCACCCCGGAUGGAACCUUGUUGGAGCAAGCUAUCACGCUUGGCUUCCCGGCCUCGAACAACGAGGCAGAAUAUGAGGCACUGCUCGUCGGCCUGCGCUUGGCGAAGGAACUCGCAAUUAAGAAGCUAGCCAUCUACUCAGAUUCGCAGCUGAUCGCGAAUCAAACCUCAGGUGAAUACAUGGCGAAGCACCCAAGGAUGAUCUUGUACCUUGACAAAGUCCAGGAGCUGUUGAAGGCGUUUCCUACCUUCACCAUCCAACAAGUACCCCGGGCAGAGAACGCACAUGCAAAUGCACUAGCCAGUCUAGGGUCAACGUUGGAUACCCAGUUCAGACGCUCCAUCCCGGUCGAACACCUUGACCGGCCAAGCAUUGAAGAAGUAGAGCCAAUCGACACCAUGCAAAUUGACGAGGACCCCAGCUGGCAAGACCCCAUCAUUGACUACUUAGCGAAUGGAAACCUACCCGCGGACAAGUCCGAGGCUAGGAAGGUCCAGCAGAAGGCCGCGAGAUACUACAUGCACGACAACAAGCUCAUCCGUAGAUCAUACUUCGGCCCUCACCUUACCUGCAUAAAAUACCCUCAAACACUUGAGGUCCUCUGCAAAAUUCACGACGGCGAGUGUGGCAACCACUCUGGGGGCAGGUCACUCGCCCAGAAGGCUCUAAACAUAGGCUACUUCUGGCCUACCAUGCGCCACGACUCCGCUGAAUAUGUCAAAAAGUGUGAUCGCUGCAAGCGAUACAAGCUGAUCCCUAACCUGCCUGCCGAAGUUGACCAUCUGCAAAAUAGUCCAUGGCGAUUCAUGCAAUGA